GCCGAGAAUUGGCGCUUGCGCAAAUGCGCCUCCUGUAAAAGGGGAGACGGUUGUCUGUUGGUUGUUGUAGUAACAGGAGAAGCGCUGAGAAGAGGAAACGUGACUGCCGGGCCCCAAAGAGGAUGAAGCAGCAGGAUAUGCCAGUUGGAAUGGCUCGGGAUUUGGAAGAAACAGAUUCAUCUUCAGAGGAAGAGGAAGAAAUGGAAGGGCCAGAGGAGCACCCAUGUAUCAUGUGGACAGGUGGAUUCAGGAGGAUUCCAAUCAUGGUAUUUCAUGCUGAAGCUAUUCUAACCAAGGACAGUUACAUCCGCUUGAUUGGGGAGCGCUAUCACUUGUCUUUUAAAAUUGUGAGAACGGAUAGUCGCUUGGUGCGCAGCAUUCUGUCAGCUCAUGGAUUUCGGGAGGUGCAUCCCAGCAGCAAUGAAUAUAAUCUUAUGUGGACAGGAUCACAUUUAAAACCCUACGUUCUGCGAACUCUCACAGAUAUUCAAAAAGUGAAUCACUUUCCCAGGUCAUAUGAAUUAACUCGGAAGGAUAGACUAUACAAGAACAUUAGUCGAAUGCAACAGAUUUAUGGAUUCAAGACCUUCCAUAUUUUGCCUCAGACCUUCAUCCUUCCAGCUGAAUAUCAGGAGUUUUCCAUUUCCUAUUCAAAGGACAGGGGACCUUGGAUAGUAAAACCAGUGGCUUCUUCUAGGGGACGGGGUGUCUAUUUGAUCAAUAAUCCAAAUCAAAUUUCCCUUGAGGAAAACAUCCUGGUUUCCCGUUACAUCAACAACCCACUUCUAAUAGAUGACUUCAAAUUUGAUGUGCGGCUUUAUGUUUUGGUGACAUCCUAUGAUCCUCUUGUCAUCUAUCUCUAUGAGGAAGGUUUGGCUCGGUUUGCAACUGUGAGAUAUGACCAGGGAUCAAAGAAUAUUAAAAACCAAUUCAUGCAUCUUACAAAUUAUAGUGUCAACAAGAAGAGUGGUGACUAUGUCAGUUGUGAUGAUCCUGAAGUGGAGGAUUAUGGAAACAAAUGGAGUAUGAGUGCAAUGCUGAGAUACCUGAAACAAGAAGGAAAAGAUACAACUGUUUUGAUGGCCAGCGUGGAGGAUCUGAUAAUUAAGACAGUAAUUUCAGCUGAAUUGGCUAUUGCAGCAGCCUGUAAAGCCUUUGUCCCACACCGUGGUGUUUGCUUUGAGCUUUAUGGUUUUGAUGUUCUCAUUGAUUCUACUCUCAAGCCUUGGCUGCUGGAGGUGAAUCUGUCCCCUUCCCUGGCCUGUGAUGCUCCUUUGGAUCUGAAAAUUAAAGCUAGCAUGCUUUCGGAUAUGUUCACACUUGUAGGCUUUGUUUGUCAGGAUCCAGGUCAGCGGUUAAAUCGGACAUCUUAUUACUCCUCUGAGACAAGAAGAAAUCCAUAUCAAAAAACUCAACGCCCUGUCUCUGCACAGUCUCGAUCAUCAAAUGCCAAAUUGCGUUCCCGGCCCCUCUCUGCCAGCGAUGCUGAGAUGAAAAACCUUAUUCCUUCUGCAAAAGAGAAAGUUGCAGGAAGGCAUGUUGGCUCCAUGCUGGGCCUCUCCAUGGAAGAGAUAAAAGUGUUGCGCCGAGUGAAGGAUGAAUAUGACAGAAGAGGGGGGUUCAUUCGUGUAUUCCCUACACCAUUAACUUGGGAUAUUUAUGGGCCUUUUCUGGAACAUAAGACAACAAUGAAUUAUAUGCUGGCUACUCGUCUUUUCCAAGAAAGGGGAAGUUCAAGGAAAGGGCCAGUUCCUAGACGAGCUCGUUUAGCUCUUGCUGCUGAACUGGGUCUGGACAUUGUGGAUUGUAACGCUCAGCUUCAUGCUGCUUUGUACGAGCGGAAACUAUUAUCACUAGAGGUUCGAAAACAAAAGCGUCGUUUUGGCAAACCGAGACCAGGAAGAUUGUCAAGAUUGUCAGGUACAUCACAAUCAGCUGAUUUUAUCCUCAAGUCAGAAACAGAAUGUGAAGAAGAGGAGGAAAUAGAAGAUGAAGAGCUAGAAAUAUGCCAGGGUGAAACAGUCCGCUCUCUCAGAAAUAUGCCGGUGAAAUUUAAACCACAGUUGACAGAGAUGGUGAAGCCCCCCCACCAAGUCAAAUUACCAAAGGAACCAGAAGAGAAGCCUGUAAAUGAAGGGCUGCCUCCUCAAGAGAAACUGGAACCGGUGCCAAAGAAUGCUGAUCCUCCAUUUAAUUUGCUACAGAUUCUGCAAGAGAACAGGAAUUUAAGCAAAGUUCAGGCUCGCAGAGCUUUCUCUGCUUACCUGCAGCGUGUCCAGCUGCGUCUGAUGAAAGAGGCUGGUGAUGAGGUCCACAACCCAGUCUGGGCUGCCAAGGAAGAUGAGCAGAUGGAACUUGUGGUUCGCUUUUUGAAGCGAGCAGCCAGUAAUCUUCAACAGUCAUUGAGGAUGCUACUUCCAAGUCGGCGCCUGGCUCUCUAUGACCGUAGGCGCAUCUUAGCUCACCAGCUGGGUGAAUUCAUCAUCUGCUACAACAGGGAAACAGAUCAAAUGUCUCAGAAAAAGGCAAUGAAGAAACAGGAGGAAGAGGAAGAAGAGGGGGUAGAUGAGGAAGGCUUUCACGAAUUUAUCACUAAAGCAAGUGAAAGUGAUCUUGAGGAGGUACUGACUUUUUACACACACAAAAAUAAAUCAGCAAGUGUCUUCCUGGGAACAAAUCCUGGAGUUACGAAGCAUAGUAAUAGCCAAUUGGAAAACAGGAACAAAGGCAAUAACUCAGAAAAGAUGGGAAAAAAUGAAAAAAAGCAGUCCCAACUUCCAGUGGAGAAGGAAAAUGUAGUAGAGCAGCCGAAAGUUGAUCAACCCAAAGGAACUAGUUUACCCAGCGUUCCUUCGUCAACGGAAGAUGGAGAGAAUACACCGCAAUUCAGCGUUCUUAGCACUUCUUCCUUUACUCAUGGUACCACGCUCCCACAAAACAUCAGUAUGCCAUUGUCCUCGCAACCUGCUGCCUGUGAGAAUGUACAGUUGCCUGAUUAUCACUCAACCCCUUCCCUUUCAUCAGGUUCUAGAGCGACAUUUCCCCCUUCUUCUCACAAUGCAGCACCUGACAACUUGUCUAAUGCAGCAAAAAAUGUGUCCCGCCCAUCCUCAAACAGUACAAGUUUACACCGUUGUCGGUCUGGCAGUUACACUGUCAGCCCCUUCUCUUCCUUUCAGACUGCCAUGCAAAUCUACAGCCAGAGACUGACCCGACCAUCCUCAGCAAAAGCAGCAGGAUCAAGAAGUCAUAGCCCAAGCAGACAGCGUGGUGUAUCUGCCAGAAUGAAUAAGGAUGCAGAAGACAACAAGCGUUAUAAUCAUGAUAUUGCAGCAGAACUUCAGAGAUUGGCAGAGAAGCAGGCAGCUAGACAAUAUUCGCCACCCAGUCACAUCAGCCUUCUUACACAACAGCUGACAAAUUUAAAUAUGAUAAAUGGAGCUGUUAAUAAAAUAAAUGCAACUGCUUCCAAUUAUCGACCACCACUGAAUCCAGGAGGUUCAUUUUGGGCUUUCCAAACACACAGCAGUACUCCUGAUACCAGGCCUGCAUCUUUUACACUGAGGGAAAAGAAGAAGAGAGGCAUAUAAGCUGUAGCCAUACAAAGAGCCUGCAGUAUCAAAGCUUAGGAAGCACUGUGGUCUCUGUCCUGUCCUGGCUCUGCAUUUGUAAGGGGAAUAGGAAGCUACAGGCUAGAACUGUGUCCUGACCUCUUGGCAACAUGGCAGCCAAGAUACUUGGCUGAGUAUCUGUUACUUCUUCUAUAUGGACAAUGAGCAAAUCCAUUCUAAAAAGAGAAUUCUGUUAAACACUAGCUUUAUAUCUAUUAAAGUAUUACAGACCCUGAAAAUUCUAGGAAAAGGCAGUUAAUUUUUGGAGCUAUCUACUUAGAGCAUGCCCCUACUUGCAACUUUUUCCUUGUACACAAACUCUUCUGCUAUAUUAUUCAAUAUUAUGAGUUUAGAUUUGGCAUUGUUGAUACAAGUAGCAUAAAAAAGAUUGUGCUAUCUGAAGAGUGAGUUAAGCUGCUCUGUGGUAAACUGUAGGUUGUGGUUUUUCCAUUUGUUAUCCUCAGUUAUAAAUGAAGGUAUUACUUUAGUCAAAUAAACAAAGAACUUUGGGUAAAAUGACCAUGGACGUUUGCCAAAAAAACUGUAAUAAAAUAUGCUCACUCUACAGUUUAGUGAAUAUAUUUCUCUGUAUUGCUUUCAAAAACAUAUCAUUCAUCUUUUCACAGUAAGACCUUUGUUUCUGGACCAUGUGGUCACCAGGACUUAUAAAAGUUUAAAGGUUUCAUGUUAGAAUUUAUUAUCAGUAUCUUCCUUUAAAAUGAAAGCUAGUAGAUCUUCUUACAGCAAUCUGUAUAUUGAUAUCAAGGGAAUACUGUCAUCUACUUUGUAUAAUGCUCCCAACAACCAUCUCUGCCUUAAAUUGUUGCAUUUCAUUCUCAAACAUCUGAUACUUGCACCUGAUCAAUGUACAUCUUAUUUGCAAGUAUUUAUAAUAUAUUGGAUGCUGAAAACCAGAGGACAUUAUAUUAUUAUCCAGAUAUUUUCCCCAACCUUGCCACUUGUUGCCUCUAUAUCCAACAGAUUUGUGGAAAGACCUAUUUGUAAUUUGUUAAUAAGCUUUUUUUUGUGAUAGGAAUCAAACCUUAAAAAAAACACACACACACACUUCAAGUUGCUUUAUUCCUACCAGCUCAAUCCACUAUAUCCAAUCUCAACUACCUUUUGUUAUACUUGAACAAUGGCAGACAUUGUUAAAUAUCCUGUGGGAAUAUGAUCUUUGGCACUUGUUUUCAGUCUCUUGAUACAAUGCAAUUUUAUAAUGUUACUAUUACUUUUGUUAGUUUUUAUAAUCUUUAAAAUCAGAAAUAUUCAACAAUUUAUAUGCUAUUCAAA